AUGUACGCGCCGAUUAAGGUGUACGUUAUCUGGUACGGCAAGUUCACGGCGACGCAGAAGGAGCUAGUGCGCGCAUUCACGCGCUCGCUCAACCCCAGCUCGGAUACCUCUAUAACGGUACCCCUAUGGUGGAACAUUAACCAGCUGUACUACGACCGUAACGGGCGUUUCAUCUCCAGCUCCGUUACAUUUGCAGAUGAAACGUCCGACACCGGGUAUUCCCGAGGCUCGAGCCUCAGCGACAGCGAGAUCGACUCGCUCGUCUCGUCCGCCAUAAGCAGCCAAAAGCUGCCGUACGAUCCAAAUGGCGUGUACUUCGUUCUCUCGGAUGAAACGGUCAGCCAGUCCUCUCAAGGUUCCUCCUUCUGCACGCACUACUGCGGCUGGCACACCUACACAGACGUCCCGGGCAAGGGCCGCGUGGUCAGCGGCUGGGUGGGCAACGCCAAGACCCAGUGCCCUAGGAGCUGCAUCGCGGGCCUCAUUGCAAGCUCGUCCUCCUCACCCAACCGCGACAAGGGCAUGGAUGGGCUGCUGUCUGUGUACGCACACGAGGUGGCAGAGGCGACUAGCAGCCCGUACCUGCAAACAUGGAUGGAUGACAAAGGGGACGAGAACGCAGACAAAUGCGGAUGGAAGUUCGGCACCAUGGCCUUCUGUGCCGCGUCGCCCGCGCAUUGUGGCGUGAUGCACGCGCCUGUGGGGGUGUACCUGCUGUGGUAUGGAGCCAAGUUCAGCGAGGAGCAGAAAGACAUCGUGCGCUUGUUUGUCGCUUCCCUCGCUGCAGAAGAAAUUGAUCCAGACGCCACAGUGCCAGCAUGGUGGGCCAUCAACACGCUCUACUUCGACAAGCAGGGCCGAAACAUCUCCUCCAAUGUGACUAUAAAGGGCGAAACUCACGACACCAAAUACACCCGGGGCACCAUGCUGCUGCGCUCUGACGUGGCGGGGCUCGUCCAAUCAGCCGUCAGGAGCGGGUCACUGCCGUACGACCCGGACGGCGUGUAUUUCGUCCUUUCCGAUGAAGACGUUUCGCAGAUGGACGAUCCGAGCGGGACGGGGGGUACGCAGUAUGCUCUGGCGUUCUGCUCACACUACUGCGGAUGGCACUCGUUCACUCAAGGGACUGACGGGCGACCCCUCAUCAUCUCGUUUGUGGGGAACGCAGUCAACCAGUGCCCGGAGGGCUGCAUCCCUCCAUACCUGAACCAGCCGGGGGCGGUGGCGCCGAACGGGGACGCGGGGAUGGACGGGAUGGUGUCGGUGUUGGCGCAUGAACUCGCAGAGGCCACCAGCAGCCCCUUCCUCGCCACGUGGUUCGACGACCAGGGCGAGGAGAACGCCGACAUCUGCGCCUCAAAUUACGGUGAUGUGAUAUCAGAUGCAGCCAGUGGUGUGCAAUACAACGUGGUGGGUCAGAAUGGGGCACGAUUCCUAGUGCAAGCAAAUUUAGACCCACGAGCAGGGAGUUGUGUGAUUUCACCAGUUGCCGUCAACUCUCCCAGCGUGGAUAAUCCCACCAUUGGGGAACCCCCUCCAAGCGUGGAUGUGCCGGUUGAGGAGCCACCUCCACCAUCACCAUCAUUCCUAGAUAAACUAAUAGAGUUUAUCACUCACUUUUUUGGCUUUUGA